AUGAACACAACUAAGACCGAGCUCUUCACCUCUAGAGUUGACCAAGCUGAAUCAGCGGCUAUUGCUAGCUACGAAUUCUUUUCGGGUCAAUUCCCUAUAAGGUAUCUCGGUCUCCCUCUCAUGAGCAGGAAGGAAGGAGGUCUUGGCUUUAGGAGCUUCUCGGUUUGGAAUCAAGUACUCUGCCUAAAGUUCAUUUGGUUGCUAUUGUCUAAAUCCCCAUCUCUUUGGGUGGACUGGCACUGGAGUAUUCACUUAAAUAAUAAGUCUUUCUGGAUCAUCCAAGCUUCACCAACUGAUUCUUGGGCCUGGAAAAAGUUACUAGACCUCCGACCCCUCGCGCUUCAAUUCUGUCAAUCCAAACUGGGUAAUGGAAGCACUGCAAGUUUUUGGCUCGAUGUCUGGACGCCGUUUGGCCAGUUAAUUGAGUAUAUUGGCCCUUCUGGUCCGAGAGCUUUGAUGAUCAAAAAGGAGGCGGUUAUUGCUGAUGCAAUUAGAGAUGAUGCUUGGAACCUUCCGCAUCCUAGAGCCCAAAAGGAAGUUGAUCUUCAUUCUUAUCUCACAACUAUUACCUUGCCUUUAGCUACUGAUAUAAUAGAUGAAUAUGAAUGGAUUGCUGCUGAUUGUCCAUCUCGUAGUUUCAGGUCAUCUUCGACGAGGGAGAUGCUGAGGCCGAGGGAGGAGACUAAAGAUUGGGUAGACGUCGUCUGGUUCAAAGGAGGAAUUCCUAAACAUGCAUUCACAAUGUGGGUUGCAAACUACGACAGGCUGCCCACAAGGUCGAGGCGUACCAAUAGCACCUACUUGCCCUUUCUGCGCUCGCUAUGA